UUUGUAAUAGAUUACCGAACUACGGAGCGGCGUGUGAGGGGCUAAACAUGGACAAAAAUAUCGGGUCCCUCCAGGAACAAGCCCUGAAGCGAAAAGAGAGAUUGAAAGCGUUGAGAGAUAAACAAAUCCACGGGCGAGAAGAGGAAGAUGGUGAGCCAGAGCAUAAAAAAGCUUCAUUGGAAGAGGAAGAACCGGAGCAGAGACACAAGGACCUGAAGUUGAGAAACUAUACUCCAGAGGAUGACGUGCUAAAAGAGAGGCAGGUCCCCAAAGCCAAACCGGCAUCAGUGGAGGAUAAAGUCAAAGACCAGUUAAACGCAGCCAAUCCCGAGCCCAUCAUUGAAGAAGUGGAUUUGGCUAACUUGGCUCCAAGGAAACCAGACUGGGAUCUCAAGCGGGACGUGGCAAAGAAACUGGAGAAGCUGUCAAGGAGAACACAAAGGGCCAUCGCUGAACUGAUUCGCGAUCGUUUGCGAGGCAGCGAGGAGGAGUUGGCCGGUGUGGUGGGAGCGGUACAAGCAGAACAGGAAGACUCGGACUGAUUAGAAGAUAAGCCACAGUGGAAAAUGUGAAGAUCGAGGAAGGGCGCCAAUUCUUCGGAUUGUUUGUCACAGCUGGAAACUUUGUCCAGGCUUGCCCUGCGUGUUUUUUUUUUUUUGUAUCAUGCUUAUACAAUUGUACAAUCUGUAUAUGUGGUUAAAUUGUAAACAGCCUGGCUGAACCUUUCAUAUUUGCGGUUGUAAUACGUUUUAAAUAAAAGUAAACUACACCUUG